UCAGCAAGGCGUCCCCGGCCCGGCCUAGUGGUAUUAUUGGCGGGCAUUGCUUUAUUUAACCCGUAUUUACCCCCAGCAGCGCCCCCAGCAGGCUAGAGUCAGCAGGCAGCGAGGGACAGCAGGGAGAAAGAGGUGACGGCGGGAUGCUAGGCAAUAUGCGGGGCGGCCGGGGCAACAUGCGGAGCCGGGGCGCCUUCCGAGGGGGCCGGGGCAGGCAGUCCUCUAUGGGGAUGCGCAGGCGGGGCAGCCGGGGCCAGGGGCGGGGCGGGGCGGCAGCAGCGUCGAAGCAGAAGGACCCGUGCAGUGUGUACAUCAGCUUCAUCAACCCCAUAGAGGCCGUGUGUGCCGCCCAGCUGCUGUCCGUGGCCAAGGAGGUGGACGCUUCUGUCAAGUUUGGCCGACACUGCUACCUGACCUUCGCCACAGAGUCAGAAGCCAGCGCCAGUCUGUCCAAGGCCUCUGCGGUGGAAUUUGGGGGACAGAAGGCUUAUGUGGACCAUGCCUACAAGUCCCAGAGCGCGAAAGCAGCAGGGAAGAGAGGAGCGGAGGUGAAUGUGCAAGCUUCCCCUACAAAGAAAAUGAAGAGCAACGCGGGAGGGCCAGUGGAGAAGGAAGAAGAAAAGGUGGAGACAAUGGAGGAGGAAGAGGAAGAGGAGGAGGCAGCUGAGUUGGAGGAUGGAGGAAAGGAAGAGGAGGAGGAAGAAAUGGGAGAGAGUUAUGCUGAGGAGGCUGCCUAGAGAGAGAGAGAGAGAGAGAGAGAGAGAGAGAGAGUAUUUAUAAGUAAUCUUAAGAAUUUUUUCCUCGUAAGUACUUUUCUCAAAAUAAACUUCAAAUAAUACUCAGGAA